AGUCCCACGGCUGGCGGAAGCGGAAAGGCGGGAAGAUUCGCGAUGGGGCCUUCCAAAGAAUGCAACAGGUUGUUAUUUGGGUCGACUGGGUCCCUGGAUACGAUGCGGGUAUGAGGAGCGAGGAAUCAUGGCGCGCCUACUACGUUCAUACCCGUUCUAGCUACGCGCGACUCUGGUACGUAUUAAUCAAGACAAGAAAGCGGAGGCGAUCUAGUAUCAUGGUGUCCUCGACCUGUCUCCAUGAUGGGUAUAUCAUUGGCUCUGCUGGAGAAAAUCACCACGCGGGCAAUUAAUUUGUAGUGGGUGCUAGAAUCACCAUGGAACCCAGGCUCCGUCAUCGGGCAAAUGAGUAGUACCAGACGGUUUGGGAAGGGCAAUGGGUCGAUCCACCAUUUCGAGCGACAGAGGAAAAGGAUUAUUCAUUCAUAUAGAACAAUCAAGACAAGAUGUGUGGUCCAUAUCCAGAAGAAAUGAUAGUGGUGUGAUUUUACUAUGUUGCGGUGAUGGUGUAUCUAUUGCUGACUCGAUGAGAGAACGUGGUGGUGUAAAAAAGGCAGGGAAGGAAAAAAAAAAUUAUAAUAAAAAAAAAUAUAAAACAGAAACGAAAGAACGAAGAAAAAAAAUGUGGAAGGAUGGAGUAGCGGUCAUGGAAAGGAAUAGCGUAGAAGAACGGUCCGCAGACCAGGUGGACCCUGUCCAACGCGCCAGCGACCCAUAGACAUGGACGGGGACUCACCUAAGACGCAGCUAAAGUAUUCACGGUUCCAUGGGGAUCAGCUGAAUCGCUGUAAGGCCCUCGGGUUGGGCGUUUGGCAGGCCCCGGCGACCGCACCAACAGCCACUCUUGUUGCGUC